GACUCUGAAACACAACAGACUCGAGUACACCAAGCUUCUGGCUCCUUAAAGAAGCCGCGGAUCGUUGAGAUACUGAGCAAUUAGACGAGGAGAGCUGUACGAUUGCUUUAUUUACGUCUAUUGACCAACAUCUUCUUGUUCGGUUCCCUUUCUGGGAGUUGAUAAUGGGUCCCGACGCAUGCCGAUUUGCCAAGGCCGCUCACCACGAUUCAUUCUUGGCACAGUUCAACCAGAAUCAGUACUUGCCAGCAGCAUCUCAAACGUUCCAAUCUUCCACAGGUUAUCGUGUUCGAGAGGUUACUCGGGGUCCUCAAACGAUUUCCUUUUCAUCGUCAGAUGUUCAAACUUACCCCAAAUUGUACAUUGGCCAGGGUCAAGUACGGGUUGAUCAAUGCUUCUGACAGGACCCCUAUACUUCGAUAUUCAUGUUCCCAAAUACGCUCCAUUUUGUUGCAGAAUGAUCUGCCAAGCGCCAAGACCGAUGUUUCAUGGUCUUACACUCCUUGGCGGUCUAUAACUGGCAAUGCCCAACGGUAGAGAUCGCCAAGGAUAGCAGACGCUCCUUGGAAUACUAUUUCUUCGGGAACCACAAGCCGCGGAACGUUUCCUUUCACCUCAUCAACCAUCCACAGGCAGGAUGGGCUCUUGGGCUCUCCUCCUCUGCUGCCUCUGGUAUCUCACCACUGUUCGCGCUGCUGUUACCGUCUAUAGCCAAAAACCUCUUGGCCAGACACUUGCCUCGACAGAGACUGCUGGCGCACCUGCUGCUGAAUAUACCGGGCUUAAAGCUUAUGAUCCCCUUACCUUAAAUCCUCCUCCCCUUCCAGAUCCUCGUCCAGCAACCCAGUUCGCGCUCCAGCUUCAAAGUGCGGCAGGCAAUGUUCCUGGUCUUUCAAUUCCUGUCAGCGGUGCUUUGCUGGGAUUGUCGGUAGAAACGUCCGUCAUCAAUCAUUUUUUGGGUGUUAACUCGUCGUUCAUUCAAGUCCCCUUCCUUAAUCUCAUAUCCACGGUCAUUGAACGGGCUGGGCGAUUCCACAUCCGUGUUGGGGGUAAUACCCAAGAGACGGCCAGACUAGUCGAGAACACGGUAGAUGGCAGGAUGAUUGAGAAGCAGAAUAUCGAUCCCAACAAGCCUACAGCAACGCCGGUGCUUGUAUACACUAUGGAGUUGUUUUACCUCCUUGGAAACAUUUCAUCUCUCGCCAAUGUAAAGUGGUAUCUAGGCGUCCCGUUCAAGGAUCUUGAAGAAAUCCACUUGGAGAUCGCCGAGCACGGCCAACGAGUCCUUGGCGAUAAUUUGCUUGGCAUUCAAGUUGGUAACGAACCUGAUCUUUACGAAAGGCACUCCGCUCGUCCCGCCCCGUAUGGUCCCGAAGACUACUGUAACGAAUUCGAUAAGGUACUUCAAGCCAUGCAGACGAACCCUAACAUUCCGAUCACAAAUAACUUGAUUGGGCCAAGUGUCUCUUCGGGUGGAUGGAGUCCUGAGUUAGUUUACGAUGCAGGCUUCGUCUCUCGUUUCCAAGACAAUUUGUAUGCUAUUACGGUGGAAAACUAUCCAAGUGACAAUUGUUUCGCCAUCUAUGGAGGUAACGGUCGACCCCACGAUGUCCAAGCCGAGUUCGUCAACUACCUCACCCACGAUGGCCAGUACUCUGGCAGACACAUGCUUGACAAGUUCUUAAACUCUGCAGCGAUCGCUCAGGCAAGUGGCAAACCGAUGAUCAUGUUCGAGACGAACACGGCUUCUUGCGGUGGUUUCCCUGGUGCAAGUAAUUCGUUUGGUGCAGCUUUGUGGGCCGUAGAUUAUGGCAUGCAGCUUGCGUUCAGCAAUUUCACUCACGGGCUUCUGCACGUUGGUGGUCAAGAUACUUACUACAACCCUGCUACGCCACCGCCGACGGGUGUGUCAACCUUCUACCAAUGGACCGUGAACCCGAUUAUGUAUUCCAUCGUCGUCGUCGCUGAGGCACUUGGAAACUCGAACACCUCUCAGGUGGUUGACCUGUGGCCGAACUCUGGUGACGUUCAUACCCCCGGAUACGCCGUCUAUGAGAGCGGUAACCUGGUCCGCGUUUUACUCAUGAACUACAUGACGGAUCCUUCCGGCGCUAGCGAUUAUACUGCGAGCAUAUCAGUUGGAGGGGGAGAAACUGGAACGCCGAACGCAGUUCCUGCUGAAGUGAAAGUCAAGUACCUCUGGUCGCCGUCCGUUUCUGACCACUUCAACAUUACUUGGGCCGGUCAGACUUUCGGUGGACAGUUUGAAUCCGACGGUCGUCUCAAGGGAGAGGAAAGAAUCGAGACUAUUGCUUGCGACCAGGCUGCCAACAUCUGCCCAAUCAAGGUUCCAGCACCUGGUGUCGCCUUGGUCUUCUUCUCUGAUGCGGCAUUACAAGAAGUGACACCCACGUCCACUCUUACAUAUGCCACUACCGCUGUAACGCGUACUCUAAACACGGCGACAGUUGACGUUGACGUUCUGGCAACAUCCAAUGGCCAAAGCGGACGCGAUAGGGCACUCAUGGGAAGCACAAGUAAAGGAAGUACGGGGGCUGCGUUCAGUUCAUAUGUUGCGCCUAGUUUGACUGUUCUCAUUGCGAUGCUUGCCCCCGCUCUCGCUUUCAUGAAGGUGUUCUCUCGAUGAGGAUGCAGUAUCCUUCUGUGCUAGUUAUUAAGAGGACUUUAUGAUCUGUGCUGACCUAUAUCAGUGCUUAUGGACGCUCCCUCUGGGACAUAUACUCUACUAUCUACCCAUUCUUUGGACUAUUUGACUAUCUUUUCGCUGUUACAUGGC